AAGUGUAGCUAGGUGACUAGGUAAUUAUAUACAAAAGUGUGAGUUUUCUUUUCUGCUGUCUAUGUUGAUUGCUCAUUGUUCCACUUUUAUUUUUCUCUCUGCGCCUCCAUAAGAUCAGAUCAGAUAAGAUAAUCCCACCAUCAACAAACUCUCUGCAAAAGCUUAAAGAUAAUCACAGUACAGAGUUGAACAUUGAAAGCUGAACAUCUUUGGAGUAUCUUCUGAUCGGUCUGCAGAGCUCGAGUUUUCUGUAUCAGCUGGGUUUUUUAUAUUUCCUAAGAAGAAGAUUUUGGAGAUGUCGUUCGGGAAAGGUGGCAGUGGGUGGACAUCGUUCAGGAAAGAAGAGCUUCAAGAAGAAGAAAUCUGGGGGGGUUUCCAUGAACGAGACAGAUUCGCGGCGGUCGGCGGCGGAGAAGCUGACGUGUCAUCGCCGUCCACCGCCCUGCGGCGCGUAUCCACGGCCGCCAAAAUGAUCCCACGGUCCAACAGAGAACCCAAAAUGGCGGCCCAUCAACAACAACACUCGGCGCCUGUCAACAUACCUGACUGGUCAAAAAUCUACGGCGGCGGCGGCGGCGAUGGUUUUGUGAGGAGUAGCUGGGAAAGUGACGGCGAUGAAGACGAUGAAAAUGGAGAAAUGAUGCCACCGCACGAAUGGCUUGCGAGGAAGUAUGCGAGGAGUCAAAUAUCCUCUUUUUCAGUGUGUGAAGGCGUUGGAAGGACACUGAAAGGAAGGGACAUAAGCCGAGUUAGGAAUGCCGUGCUGACCCGAACUGGUUUUCUUGAAUAACUGUCAGCCUAUCACGAGCUGAGUUAGGUAUGCCGUGCUGAUCCGAACUGGUUUUCUUGAAUAACUGUCAACCUGUCACGAACACGAUUAGUCGCAUCAAGACAUCAUGCAUUAGUCAUUCAUGAUGUUUUGAAUAGUAGUGUUAAAAGUGAAAUGUGGCGUUUGUUUAAUGCAAAUCCCAUGUAUUAGUGUUGUUGCUCUUUUUCAUCAUCAAAAGCUCUCAAUUAAGUUUGUCUUUUGGAUAUGAUAAUUUUAAUUUCUUGUAGGGUUGGUACUUGGUAGUAGUAUGAUGGGGUUAUAUAUAAUAAAAUAUCCCUUAGCUUCUUGAAUGUACAUAAACUGUAUGUUGUCUUGUAAAUCUUGGAAUAUAAUGUCAUCCAUUGUAUCUUAUUUAA